AUGAGCUACCAGGGACAGAUUCUCUACGAAGGCGCGGAGGACACCGCCGAGGAAGUCCUGCGUGCUCGUCCUUCCGGGAAGUCGCGUUGGUAUGUUGCCGGUGCCGGGGUGUUGGCGGUGCUGUUUGUUGUGGCGGUGGCGAAAGCCGUGCUCCCCUCAGCCGCCCUGACCUUCAGCAGCGCCAAGAAUGCAAUUAGUUUGCAGGAGGUGCAGCACUGGGAAGACAUCCCGGGCAUCGACAAGGUCAUCCAAAAGGCGAAGAGCCUGAAGCAUGACAAGCCCCUGCGCAACCUGCAGGACCUCUUCUACGACUCUCAGCCCGAGGAGCUGCCCUGGAUCCGCACGGAGUGUGUUAUCGACGUGGUCCAAGCAGCUGCCUACCUGGACCAAGCCAUUGUCUUCUUGUACAAGGCCAUCGACUACAAUGGCUUGGAGUGCCCGAACAAUAGCCCAGUAGGUUGUGCGGCCAGCGUCGCAGGAUUCAUCACCUCCAUCAGUUGGAUU